AACUAACCAAAACCAUUAGAUACAAUUUGAAAACCCAUUAGUUAUUGAAGGGGAGCAAUACACAGAAGACACGGUUCCUUCGUGUUUUGGUAUGUGCUUUGUCGAGGCCAAGUUGGAGCUUCCCCUGCCUCAGGACAAGCCGGCCAUCGUUGAAUACAAGGGUUCUGUAUGGGACGAACGCUGGCAUUGCAAGAGUGCCUUUUUUAUCCCCGUGCUCGACCAGCCGCUCUCCUCAAAUCGCUAUUACGCCAUUAAAGCUACCGAUGAAAACAAAGGGCUAGCAUUCACGUGCUCAUCAAGGGAAAAGGACGCAGCCAAAUGGUGUUGCUUUCGACUCGUUAAAGAUGCAAAACCGCGACAGCUGGACCCGCGCGACGAGGGCAUUCUUGGAAAUUACGGCGUCUUUAGAUUUUACUACGGGAUGACGCUCGAGCGGAGGUGGGAGAAGGUCUUCACGUGCCGCAACAACGGCAACGACGCCCGCGUGGCAGUGAGCGGCUCGUUCAAGAAUGAGGUGGCGUGUGUCGGCGAGAGUAGGGCCGAGUGGGACUAUAAGAAGGCGGAUUGUGAGGGGAUGAUAUGGUAUGACAGUUGUGGUGGGAGCGUGGGUUCGAGGCGGGAAAUAGUCGAGAGGAUGAGGUGGGAGGAGGAGUUGGGUGUCGGGGGACGAGAGGAGGCGGGUGAAGGUCGAGAGGGUGGACGAGUUUGA